GUUAAUUCAUAUAAAUCAUGCCUUCCUUCCAUUGCUGUUGUGAAACCUCAAGUUGUCGGUUUCUUCGGACUCGCUGCCCGCUCUCGGACAUCCCCAAACCACAAAUCUAUAUUUCCUAAACAAACAAUUUAUCACUGAAUCUUCAACUUUGCUGCAAAAAUGGCUAUUCCAGCAAGUAAUGGAAAGACCGUUCUCAUCACCGGUAUCAAUGGAUACAUUGCCAGUGUUCUUGGCCUCCAUCUGCUGGAGAAAGGAUAUUCAAUUCGAGGAACAUCACGACGAGCAGCUACUACCGAAGCACUCCUCAAAGGACCGUACGCACCAUAUACUGAGCGUGUUAAGAUGUAUUCAGUACCCGACAUGGCGGUAGAUGGCGCUUUCGAUGAUGCUGCGAAAGGUGUUGAUGGAAUCUUUCAUACUGCUUCACCUAUUGACUUCUCCAUCGCAACAUAUGAACUGAUGGUCACACCUGCUAUUCGUGGUACUGAGACAGUACUCGAAUCAGCGCUGAAGGCAGGCUCUCAGUUGACUUCUGUGGUGAUAACCUCUUCCGUCGUUGCAAUUGUGAAUCCCAAGGAGGGACCUUAUACCUUCACUGAGAAGGAUUGGGCUGCUGUUGCUCUCGAAACCGUGACUAAGAACAAGGAAGAAGGAGUUACCAGUCCUGGUGGACUUCUCUAUGCUGCCAGCAAGACAGCUGCGGACCGAGCUGUAUGGAAAUUUCGAGACGAACACAAGCCAUCUUUUGCAAUCUCAACGGUCAACCCUUCGGUCGUCAUUGGUCCUCCAAUCACUCUUCCUGCGUCUGGAUCAAAAUUCAAUGAGACACUCCAACCAUUGUUCAACAUCCUCUCUGGCGCAGCCGAGACCGUCCCUCCCAGUAUUGGCAGUGGCUCCUUUGUUGAUGUCCGUGAUGUUGCAUUCAUGCAUACAUGGGCCUAUGAGAAUCCCAAGAAAGCUGAUGGAGAAAGAUAUAUCGCGUGCAAUGGAUUUGGUCCAUCACAAGCCUUGGCUGAUAUCUUGAGGGAGCACUAUAAAGGCACGACGAUUGGUGAGAAGAUCCCAGUCGGUACUCCCGGUGCCGGGUAUGUCGGAUACAACAAAGAGACUGGCAAAGUUGAGAGUGUGCAGUAUCCUCCUGAGAACAUCAAGGUGGAUGGCACGAAGGCAGUGAGGGAGAUGGGAAUUAAGUACAUCUCAUUUCCGCAAAGCGUCGUGGAUACGGCAAAGGCAUUGGAGCCAUUGGUUUAAGUACCACAACUUUCAAACCUGGGAAAGGGGUUCUCUCGGCAAGAUUGUGAGGUCUUGCAAUUUCGUAGCUGAACGAAUAGUUCUAUGUAGCAAGCGUAGAUAGC